AUGGAGGAGGUGAUGGAGGAGGUGACGGAGGAGGUGACGGAGGAGGUGAUGGAGGAGGUGACGGAGGAGGUGACGGAGGAGGUGACGGAGGAGAGCAGUCACCUGCGACCUGCCCUGCCCAGCUAUGUGGAUACGCUGGCUUGUUCUCUACUGUUUCGUCCUGGACACUGUUGGUGGUUGGUUGGCGUUGGUGGAAGGUGCUGCCCGUGA